UGACAGAAUCCAAUCAUCAAGCUGGACCUUCUGCUGCACAGCAACCAGAAGAUGAAGAAGAAGAAUGAAGUUGCAGAGGAGAUUCGAAACGUAUCCAGCGCAGAAAACGUCUCUGAAGAAGUUGUAAUAGGAACGCAGUCGUUUUACUUAUUUUGUAUUUACCGCUCUUAGUUGUUAACAGUGAUUAGCGGGAACCAGUUAGGUUGAGCCACGUGGCAAGCUCAGUUUAAACUAAAGAGCUAAUUACUGUAUAACGGUAUAAAUGGGAACAGCAGCUGGAAACC